AUGAAGGAAAGGGCCAACUUGUCGUUCAUGCUCGUGGUCAUGUUCUUCGGCGUGUUCGCCGUGAUCGUCCUCACGGAGAUAUUCCUGAUCGACGAGAGGCGUGGCAUGGGCGUAGGUGGGAGUGGGGCCCUAGGAGGUCACAGGAGCGGGCAUCGACUGCCGGCUGCGCCCGAUCGGCCGGAUUACGGGGAGAUCGGAGCUGAAGAUUAUAUCGGAUUGAAGGGCAGCUUCGACGAUCAUAUCGGAUUAUUGAUGCACGGGGACGACGGAGGACAGAAGGCCGCGAUACAACCGGACCCAAGAGGUUUACCGAGCUUACCACCCAACCUGGAGGCUCGUCUACCGCAACUCGAUCAGAGCUUGAGGAUCACGCACGCCGAAUGGUUGCCGGUCACGAAGACCAGAUUCAAAUUCUUUGUAUACUCAGCGUACUUCGAUGACAGGGUUGGUGGUACGGGAGCACCAACAGGUAAAAGUCAGGGCAUGGUUCGAAUAAUAAGCGCAACAAAGACAAGAGGACCGGAGCGUGUUUGGUGUAGACUUUGGUAUCGACCGGAGAACGGAGGGAACGUAACUACUUCCGUAACGGUAGCUGCUAAAGUGAAGGUGAUCAGGGAAAAUUGGAACUUGAAGUAUAGUGCCUGCUUUGUGAUUUGCCCGUUGCCGAAAGAAUCGGCCACGAUCGACAGAGUGCCGGAAACGGUGAGCGUGGUGGCCAGGCUGAAAGCAUCGCCGACGAAUCGCAUCCUGGUUCAAAAUCGGCCUGAAAAUAGAGCGAAGAACAAAGAAAUGUUGGCCGUUUGCGUGAAACCCCUGCAUUACGAUUACAACAGGGUAUUACAACUCAUAGAGUUCAUCGAGUUGCACAGACUGCUUGGCGCUAGCCACGUGACUUUAUACAACGACACGGUCGGCAGUGAGGCCGGAUGCGCUCUCAAAUAUUACGAAGCUAAAGGUCUGGUGACCGUGUUACCUUGGCACCAUUUGGACAUGAUCUCGCAGCGAGACAUUCGCACGGAAGGAUUGUUUGCUGCCCUCAACGAUUGCCUUUAUCGAUCCAUGUACAGAUACGAAUACGUGGCGCUGGUGGAUCUCGACGAGUUCAUUAUACCCAGGCACAACGACACUAUCAUUGAUCUAAUCAGAUGGAUGAGCAGUCGCAUAAACGCCAAAGCCACCGGAUCGUAUUCCUUUCAAAACGCGUUCUUCUACCUUCAAUGGGCGGACGACCCGUUCGUGGUGACCAGUCGCACCCCCAUAGAGGCCGGUUUGAUCACGUUGAAGAAAACUAGGCGCAGAACGAAGCUACACCCCCACAAACAGCGGUCGAAAUACGUUUGCAAGCCCCAGAACGUGGUCGAGGCUGGAAAUCACUUUGUAUGGGAGUUCAUCCCAGGACACGGGACUCUGAAUGUUCCAUCGGACGCAGCGAUUCUCCACCAUUACAGGGUCUGCGAGUUUGGCGGCGAUGAUUGUAUAAAGACUCAAUCGGUAGUCGAUAGAACGGCCUACAAAUACAAGAAUAGAUUAUCGGAUAACGUUGGGAAAACCUGGUCCGACCUAAGCGGCGAGUGCUCGUUACCCAAAUUGGAACCAAUUCCGGGUAUGACGCCACGGAUAAAAGCGAGCCCCAAAGUGUUGAAGUCGGUCAGGUAGCGAAAGACCAUUGUCGAUACUCUUUGGGAUAUUGGUAAUUUCACUGGUACACCGAAGGUAGCGAGAACAUAUUUCUACAACUACGGUGGCCCGUAGUUUUCCCACUAGGACGGCCAUUGCCUCUCGAAGAGAGAAUGUUCCAAUGGAGAUUCGGGAUUUGUAUAGGAUUUGCCAUCGUAAUAAACGCGUUUUUUCUACCUUUUUGCGGUCCACACGCCUGACGAAUAAUCUCGUUUAGAAAACGCGGAGAGGAAAAAAAAAAA